UCAACACGAGAUCCUGCCUUUCAAUUUCGAGCGUGUCGCCUUCUGAUGGCGGAGAGUUCGCAAUACAUUUCUGCACAGUCUCAACAAACCCUGAGUAUGCCUUCAUUUUUGGAUAGCGUUAUAUUAAAGACAGGAAAGGGCAUGGAAGAAUAUCGUGACGAGCUGCAAGAGCGUGAAGAGCGACUUGCGAAGAGGGCUGUUGAGGAGUCUCUUUUGAGAAAUCGUUCAAAUGGGAUUGAAGGUAGUGCUUCUCCCAGUCCAGAUUACGAGCUAAGUGAUGCAACAAUUUCUAAGCUAUCAGCUAUAUUAGCUCCUCAAUGGAAGUUGCUGGCCGAAGCAAUGGGUCUAAGCAAUAAAAAGUUGGAGGAGCUCAAGGGAAAAACGUUAUUGCGGAAAGCUUUUGUUGUGUGUUACUGCCUUCGCAAUGAUUUUUUUUUUGUUGGCGAUUCCGAAAAAUUCGCUGAGAUCAUUACGUGGUUAUCUAUUUUUUAA